AUGGCGCAGUCUGCCGACACCUCCUUCGCAUAUAUGGGUGGUUGCGGCUCCAACACCAUGCCACCUCGUCGCUGGCCAAUUCAGAUCAACGAAGAUGCCGCGUGGCAUGCCGUCAUGGGACGCGGAGAUGCCUCGGGGCCAUCUGAUGCCGAGGCCAACGCUUCGUCCGUCUUGAGCGGAAACGGUACCGAGGACGAGAGCGCCGACGCCAUCACUGAUAGCGGCUCCUCCUACCAAGAGAGCGUCUUCAGCGGCCACGGCGAGCGUGGAGGCGGCUACGCAUCCAGUAUCAUGCAACCCGAUUUUGGCAGUGUCGGUCAAGACCCCAACGCUACGUGGUUGGAUGUUAUGGAAGACUCUACGGCAAGAUAUUAUGCCCGGAGCAUCGCCUUCUCCGACUUCACCGGAGACGGUCAGGAGGAUGCGCGGCGCCCGCGUUUCCAACCCUCGCUAGACGACGAAAGUGUCACCGACAGCUACGUCCAUCAAGAGAGCAUAUCCAGCGGUCGCGGCGGGCGCGGCGGCGGCCAUGGGUCCAUCUUCAGCAGCGUGCAUGACGGCAGGACCAGAGCCUCGCGGACCACGGCCUUCUCGGCCGCCCAGCGUGCCAUGGACAAUGCCUUGGCUGACCCGGCCAUGGAGAUUGACGACGACCACGCGACCUUGGUACCCCCCGUCGUGAUUGCGGAAACCGGGGCCGGGGCGGACAUCGUCGACCCGGACCACUGGAACCAAAUCGGCGUAAUGCCCACGCCCACAGGCAUUCACGCGUCGUCGGCGUCGGCCAUGGCAUCCUGGACAGGUCCAGCGUCGGUGCGAUUUGCCGCCUCCUCCUCCGUCCCCUCCACCGACGCCACCGAGAUCGUAGCCCACCUGCCGUGCGAGUUCCGGCGGUACAAGGCCUGCAUGGACACAUUUCCACUGCACAGGUCCGGCGCUGGCAUCGACAAUUGGACCGACCACAUGGUGCGUACCCGCACCCACCUGUACCACCGGCUCCCCCCCUCGUCAGGGUGCUGGUUCUGCAGCGAGACCUUUUCCGUCGACGAGCAGCACCGUGCCGAUCGCGCCGUCCUCACCGAGGUGUACAAGAAGCGCAUGCGGCACAUUGCGCGGCACUACCUCAAUGGAGACGUACGCAACUCGACGGUGGCGGCGGCGGCGACCCCUCCGCGAGACGCCGGUUUCGAGGAGCACUUGAAAAACAAUGGCAUCUGGAAACCCGCACCGGGCGACGGCGGCGAGGCACAACAAGGCGCAGCAAGAGUCCCAACGAGCAACGACCUGCGCGACCCCAUCCGAGACUACACUGUGGGAAUAAGGACUCCUCGAAGUGCGCGUAGUGACGCGCAAUACGUCACGGCCGGACGUAGAGGUAGAGAAAGAGCACAUCACCAGUAA